GAGUCAAGGGACGCUUUCUGAUUUACUGAGAAAUCCAAAACCGUGGAACAAAUUGAAAUCAGGAAGGGAAACGUUUAGACGAAUGUAUAAUUGGGUACAGCAACCGGUGGAAUCGCGGCUUUCCAUCCUGGAUAUGUGCAAAGGAAAAAGUAUGUUGUUUUCACCAGUUGCUGUUUCGUAAUU